UCGAGUUGCAUCAGCUGGUAGAGGGGAUAAAUUUUAUUUAUUCUGUCAAGCACGUGAAUUAUUAUCUUUUAUAAUCAGUAGUAAAUGAAAUAAAACAAAGUUUAAAAAAUAAUAAAAAAAUAAUUAUAAAAAAUGAGGAUCCUGUCAAGACAAUUUUUAUCAACGACCUGGUCGUACUUAAAUCGAAAUCCACAACUAUCAUUGUCUGCUAAAACAAUAAGGUUGUGUUCGUCGGUUCCUAUUCACAGUAUAGAGAAAAAAGUUAAUUCAUUUGGUAAAUUAGUGAUUGAUUUGCCUUAUAAUGUUGAAAUAAAACCGACAGAUCCUCAUGAGUAUCCAGACAUGGAUACUGUUUUGGUUAAAUUAUUUUCAAAACAAGUAAUUGACAAAAAAGAUGAUUUAAUUGUGGUUGAUAUUUCAAAUCCAACUACAAUUAAAGCAGUUGAGAAUGAUUACAUCGGAGAUAUCAAGUGUGUAAUUCAAGUACCUGUGAGCUAUGAUGUUGAUGCCAAGACAGCAGGUGAAGGAAAUGUUUUCAUUUCUGGACUGAUAUCAAAUAGUAUUAAUGUACAAACAGAGUAUGGUAACAUUGUUGGUGCUAAAUUGCAAGGAGAAAAUAUUAUUUUGUCGUCAAGUGAAGGAGGAUCUAUUACUUUGCAAAAUGGAGUUCAAGGAAAUAUUGAAAUUAAUACUGCCGGAGAUGGGACUGUCACAACGGAAAAAUGUUUAGGUAAUAAAUUAGAUAUAUCAACAGAAAAUGGUGACAUUAAUCUUGGUAGCAAUUAUUGUGAAAAAGCAACAUUUUCAACAGUAAAUGGAAAUAUGUAUCUUAAUAAUUUACACUUGAAUACAUCAGUUGAUAUCGAUGGUACUGGGUCACUUAAUAUUUCAUGUCUAGAUGGGUCUUUGCAAGCAAAUUUACACGAGGGUCCAGCUAAAAUCCAAAUAGUAAGAUUAACUGGUGACUCUGAAAUAAUUUCCCAAGGUCAUGUGAAUCUAACAGUUCCUGAAGAUAAUGACGCAAAAUUAAUUUUAAAAGCGUCUAAAUUAGAUAUCGAUGAUAGAAUCAAUGGAGUAUACUCAGAUGACAAUAAAGAAUUCAUCAGUGAAAACAAUAGAAAUGUAUUUAAAGUUGAAACAAGUCAAAGUAUUCAAGUAGCUCCUUCUAACUGGAUGGAAUCGUUAGAUUUGAAGCGAAGCGUUAAAAAACAUUAGAUAUAACAUAUAACUUACUCUUAUUAAUUUUUAUUAUACGAUCUUAAUUAAAGUAUUUACAUAUUAUGUACAGCAACUUUAUCAUUGCUU